AUGGUGAGCUCCCUAACUCAGCUUGACCGUACGGGUGACAAAAUAGGAGCUACUGUGAGAAAGGAUCAUAUCAAGAAGUUUGAAGCUGAUUUGGAGCCUGGAACUUGGAAAAUUAUAUCAAAUUUUGGUUUGAAUCUAUGUACAGCCUACUUGCGUCCUUCUCUUAUAAAGUAUAAGAUCACUACCAGAUAUGGUACCACAAUUUUUCCUUCUGAUAAUGUAUCUCAUGAUCACUACCUAUCAUUCACAUCGUUUGAUAGUAUACUUGCUGGAAAGCUUGACAAAAAUCUGCUGCUAGACGUUAUUGGUCAAGUAGUCAGUUAUGGAGGGAUAGAAGAAAUCACAAGUCGUAACAACAUUACCAGGAAGAAAAUUGAGUUUGAGAUAAGAGACACUGAGUAA